UUAUCAUUGAGUUUAUUCUAUAGUGUAGGAUAAAAUUUUUAUAAUUAAAAAUAUGUUACUUGCCUCGAUAUUCAAAGAAAUAUAAAUGUAGAUGUAAAUUAUGUGUUUCUAAUACGACUAUAUAUGUAUGAAUGUAAUGUAUCCUAGUGAACGACAAAAUGCGUUGCUGUGUACCGUUUUGUAAAAAUGCUUUUAAAAACAGUAUUAAAUCUGAGGAAACGACGUUUUACUUUUUUCCAAACGAUGCGAAAAUGAAGACGUCUUGGUUGAGCUUGUUAGGGUUACCGCAAUGGGUUCCUCGUAGUUUGGUGUGCUCUGACCAUUUUAAGGACGACGAUAUUUGUGAAGUCGAAGGUGGCGAGAGGAAACUCCUACCAGGAGCUGUACCUAAAGCUGUUACUACACCAGUGAACAGCACUGUUACACAGGUAUGUCGUAUAUGCUUGGGGGCAGAUAUGAGAGUCUACCCGAUACUAAAUCCCGAUCUUCAGCAGACAUUUAUAUUACUCACAGGCAUGAACAUAUACAAAGAUGACUACCUGCCUCAGAAUCUUUGUAUCGAAUGCAUGCAAAGAUUAAAAAAUUGCUAUAAAUUUAGAACGCAGACGUUACAGGCGCAGACUAUUAUUGUGGAUCUCAUUAGAAUAGGCAAUUUCACAACAGAAGCUAUAAAAUCAUUAAAUCACAAUCCCAAAUGGAAACUGCAAAUGCAGAGAUUUGAUGCGAACCACUGCGAUGCAUACAUUAACAAAGAGGACGUGAACCCCAUACAAGAGAUCGUUAUAGAGGAACAGGUUAAAAUUGAAAAGGAAUUUAUUAACGAGCAAGACACAGUCGCUAUGGGCUACACAACAGAUGACAGUCUGCCACUAGAGACGCAGAGAACCAAAGCCAAGAAGACAAAGAAGAAGAAAGAGAAGAAGAUACAGGAACCGAAGGUAGAUAGGAGGAGAAAGCCGUUCCUUAACGAUGACCUGAAUGAGAGUCUGUUCACUAUCACCGAUCUGACCUUGGAGGAACAAAUAGCUGAUAUCCAGAAGAGACAGGAGAGUUCUAACUUCAAGAAUUCAGUGUACAAGUGUAUGGAGUGCUUUAAGGGUUUCCUUGAUGAAGGAGCGUACAACGGACAUAUGACAAGGCAUACUACUCAAUGCGGUGAAUAUUGUUGUGAAAUUUGUAAGACACAUUUCAAACACUCACAUGCCUUGAGGAAACACACGACGGCGCAUCACGCGCAGAGGUUCAAUUGUAACCGGUGUGCUUUCGUUACUACACACAGACAAACAGCACGACUCCACGAGCGAUGGCACAAGGGCACCAAAUACGAGUGUCCGCACUGUAAUGAAGUGUUCCUUAAAUUCACAACCUACAUGGGACACAUUCGCAUCAAACACCCGUCGGAUUUCGUGUGCGCUCUGUGCGGUUAUUGCUUCGUCAGUCAGAAGGGGAUAGAUUUGCACAAGAAACUGAAACACAGAUUACAUCUCGGACAGAUCCCGGAGGACGGGCCGCUCUGUGAGCUAUGCGACGUACGCUUCAUAUCACAAGAGGCUUACAAGCGACACCUCAGCGUCUCCGCGAGACACGCUGGCGACGAAAUAUCCAAGGAUCCCAGCAAACCGAAACGCGGAAGAAAAUCAAGGGACGCCCUCGACAAAGAUGACAGCGAAAAAAACGACUUAAACGACAAGAAAGUGUAUCCGAGUCAAGUCAGAAAAGCAGAAGGUCCUAUACCGUGCGAGCAAUGCGGCAUGCAGUUAGAGGACUCGCGCGCCUACCACGCUCACUUCAGACGGAACCAUCCCGACAAGAACAGGACCAACUACCCCAGCAUGAAGUCGCCCUGCAUGUGCGAGGUGUGCGGCAGGAUGUUCCAGAGUCACGCAUUGUUGAAAGACCAUCGCUGGGUGCAUACAAACGAGAGGCCAUUCGCCUGUGAGUGCGGCAAGAGGUUCCGCAUGAAACAACGCCUGGUCGCGCACAGAAGGGUACACAGACAGACCAGGCACUACACAUGUGCUCUGUGCGGGAAAGGAUUCAGCACACACAGCAACAGGCAGAGACAUAUGAUUAUUCACACCGGGCUAAAACCAUUUAAGUGUGAGAUGUGCGGCAAAUGUUUUAAGCAUGCCAGCGAGAAACGGGCUCACAUAACAUAUGUACAUCUGAAGAAGCCCUGGCCGAAGAGAUCACGGGCGAAGAGACAAGGACAGAAUAUAACAGGUAUGGCGAGCGCGAGCGAGAUAGACAUACAAGGAUGGAACGAUCCGAAGAUAGAUCUGAUGAUGGACAAACAGUAUUUCAAUGUCAAGAUGUAGUCCGUAUAUCAUCUCAUGUAAGCUAUAUUUAUAUUGUAACUUAUUCUGUAUUAAAUAACUUAUAUUGUA